CGGUUUUUGAUCCUAUUCCGUGUUUGCAUCUCGUCGUCUCUCCCUAUCGCAAUUCACUCAGGGAAAGGGUACCGACUCUCCUCAAAUCGGCCACCUUACGCUAGGGUUUCUGUUCUAAUUGACACGGACGGAGGCGGAGACGGAGCUCGCGAUUCGAUUUGCGAAGGGGAUUCAGAAUCGUGAAACAAGCAUGCCCCGCCUUUGUGAUUUUUGCUCAGAGCAACGACCUGUGGUCUACUGUAGGUCUGACAGAGCUUCCUUAUGCUUGUCAUGUGACCGCAAUGUCCAUUCUGCAAAUGCUCUUUCUCGACGGCAUUCACGUACACUGUUAUGUGAUAGGUGCAUGACACAGCCUGCUUCAGUUAGGUUCAUUGAAGAAAAUGCCUCCCUUUGCCAAAAUUGUGAUUGGAAUGGUCAUGAUGGCUCAACAUUGACUUCAGAACACCAGAGACAGACGAUUAACUGCUACUCAGGUUGUCCAUCAGCUGCAGAGUUUUCAAGAAUUUGGUCUUUCUUUGAAUAUCCUCAAGUGAAAGAGCCUCCUUGCGAACAAGGAUUGGUGACUAUCAACGAGAACGUUAACAGUUGGUGGGGAACUCCAGAGAACAGUAGUAGUGUCAAUAUUGGCAGCACUCGAAAGAUGAAUGAGCUGGGUGCAAAUGAUGAAACCAAUCACUUAGCGGAAUCCUUUUCAACAGAAGCAGUCAAUGCCAUGUCUUGCAGUGCUGAGGAACAAGCUGGUUCAAUGAAUUCUACAGCACCCAAGCUGUGUUGUCCUGGAGCUGAUGAUAUUGAGUUCUGCAACGAUUUCUAUGAUGUUUUCACUAUGGAAGAUGCGGACAAUACAUAUGCGAAUUAUGAGGAACUAUUUGGUGCAUCUCAUAAGCAAACUGGGGAUCUUUUUGAUGAUGCUGGAAUAGAUAGUUUCUUUAGCAUCAAGGAAAAUUCUGCUACCAAUUCCAUUUGCAACGGUGACUUAGUAGUAGAGGCUAAACAAACAGCAGUAACAUGCAGCAAAGCCAUGUCUGCUGAUCAGUUGAUGUCUAAUCCUGGAAGAAAUGCAGAUUCUAGUGAGGGAUUACCAGUUCUACAAGUUCAAUCAGCUGUAUCAUUUUCCUUUUCCAGUGUAACCAGUGAAAACAAUACUGGAGAUUUUCAAGAUUGUGGAGUGUCAGACAUGCUUCUAUUGGGUGAACCACCUUGGUGUCAUAGUGGUCAAGGAAGCUCCUCAAUACCUACAUCUUGCAGGGAAACUGCUCUUAUACGUUACAAGGAAAAGAAGAAACAACGCAAGUUUGAGAAAACAAUCAGAUAUGCAUCACGGAAGGCUAGAGCAGACAUUAGAAGGCGGGAGAAGGGACGUUUUGUCAAGGCAGGUGAAGCUUACGAUUACGAUCCACUCUCCCAUACAAGAAGCUUCUGAGUGCAGCAGUGUUUUGCUUAUCAAGAGUCAAUGUGUAUUUUCAUAUGCUUGGGAGACCGAUAAAAAGCAUUGCAUGGUUGGAUUGGUCAUUUAUGAAGGAUGAAACAGACGAGGAGUAGCAAUUCGAUUAAACUGGAUUGAUCAGGCAAAUUUUUAAUCUUAUAGAUGCUUUGUCGGUGAGAAUUUUGUGAAUCAAGUCCUCCAAACUUCUUCUCUGCAUUCUGGCUGGAGUACAUAUAUGCCACAAUGUUGAAGAACAAGAGCUCUUGAUCUGGCCAUUCAGUCAUGGAGUUCAUUAUCACUCAUUCCGACAUCAGUGUUCAAUGACCUCGCUUUUUUGAGCCUGCUUUUAGGUUUGACUUUUAUUUCAAAUGUCUAUACCUAUAAGGUUAUUACCUUUUUUGUUUUGUUCAUGUGGAGCAAUUAUGAAGAGAACACUUUGUAUCUAUUUGAUCUGCCAAACAUGUAUAUAUCUAACAAAAAACACAUGGCAGGGCUACUGCUGCUUGUCGUUUGUAAAUACGCACUUUUCCUAAAUCUUGGAACGCGGUAGUGUUGGAUUUACUGCUUCA